AUGGAGGUUCCAAUAUUCUCCGUACAAGGGUACACAGCCUAUGCAGGAAAGAUCUUGGGCGGCAAUGGCACUAUGACGCCCCCAACAAAGGAGCAGUACGACACUUUGGUGGCAGCUGCCGGUGGUGAUGCGAUGCAGCAUGUGAAAGAAAGCGAAUCUACAACCACUUGCAUCAACGACGCUGUUCUCAUGGACGCUGGAACACUUUCACUUGCGUUUCCAUCUUCCAGCGGCUUUGUCACCCUCAAGCUCGUGGAUGCCGUGGGGAGUAAAAACACACCCAGGGCAAGGGCUGCCUAUGUGCUGUCACCCGCGGCUUCACGCGGCAGCAGCGCCACCCACAGCAAUUCACUUCGGGUUUCCACCGGUGCCUCGACAGCGAGUGCUGGCGUUGAUACUUCUAGUGGCAGUGGUCUUCUCGCUCCCAUGACGCCGAUCAUCACGUGUAAGCCUGUCUCGAAGAACUGGCCGAGGAUGUCCUCACACACCGAUACCGCCCUCGAUGCACAUCUCAUUCAGUUCUUCAGGGAUGCUGCGGUGGUGUCUGUUAACACGAUGCGCCUCCUGGGUGCGGAGGAAGGUGCCGCAGUCCGCUUGGAGUGCCACGAGGAAAGGUCCGUUGGAGCGGGUGCGUCGACAAUUGUAUUCGCCCUGACCGCGGGUAGCGUAGGGGAGGAGCUCUCCUUCGAUAAGUAUAUGCGUCACUUCAUUGCACCCUUCUUUCUGCGCGGCUGUCGCGCCGUAAGUGUCGGGGAGGAGUUCGAGUUCAAAAACCACGACUACGGUGAUCUGCACGUUACGGUGAUUGGCAUCGACGACGGCAUGGUGGAGUGCGGAUUGGUGACGGACCAGACGCGCAUUCGCCUGGUCGUGCAGCCCGGAGCUCCACCGAACCUGCAAGGGCGUGGCAGCGGCCCCAUGCCAGAGAUACUCGCACUCCGAAGCCGUUCCACCUCUACGCACAGGCGGACCGGCGGCGCAAAGCAGCCCUACAGGCCACGCGAAAGUAGUCAGAAUGAUGCAGACGUUUCGCCACGCCCAACAGAUCUCUCUGGCCUGCUGCCACGAUCGCUUACGUCUCCUAUGAGAAAAGACGGCGGUGCCCAAAAGGGAAAACCGCCAAGAGUGCAUGAACCGUCGCCACAGCGUGUCAGUCAGAGUGCUGAACCACACAGCCCCGCCAGUUUUCGCACGUACUCCCCACAGACACUGAAAGGCGACAUGGUGCUGAUGGCAAAGCCACUGAAGCCGAGGACACUGCUUUGUCCUCUGAAGGCCGUGGGUAUGAGCGGGGUGUCAGGCCCCAAAGACCCUGCAACUCCUGGGGAUGCUCCUGUAGCCGCAUCCCUUGUAGACUCUCUUUUAUCCUCCACAAAACCGGAGAAUGAGGGAACCAAGACCAUGCAGGUGCAAAAUCCACACCACCACGCUUCAACACAAAUCUCAGAGGACGCUUCUGCAAGGACAGGACAGGGCCAUUCACCCCCUGAAGAGAACCGAGGUCUUGAGACUCCAACGGGAUCGUCGUUGCCCCAUUCGAUUACACCAGUAGAGCUCAGAGACGCCUCCUCACGCCAAAGCAAUGUGGAAAUAAGUUUUUCCCAUCCUCGACAGGUGGAACAAUGGGUAGAGGCCGAAAGUUGUGACUCGCGGAAAGAUGAGGCGAGACCCGGGCAAAGUGGGCCGCCAGGCACACUUUCACAUUCAGAAAGCACGCUCUCUCAGAAGGCAGUCGAUCUAAUGAAAAUGCGUAAACCGCGUUGUCAACAGGACAAGCCUGGUAAUUCAGAUGCCAGCUCCCAACUUGACCUCCAUGGCGAUGAGGCCUCCACGCCGACAAGCCAAAACAAAGGUGAUCAUGCACAAGAACAACCCAUGAUGGAGGUGCCCCCAGAACCCGCCAGGGAGUUACCACAGGAGCUGGUGGAAGAGGUUGUGCAGGGCCAUGUCUAUGAACCGGAUGAUUGUGCUGAUUCGGGCGGUACGGAUGCCUAUGGGUCGUUGACAGAAGCGAAUACACCCAUGGUGCCACUGCAUGGGCGGCGCGACAAGUGUACACAGUAUGAAGAGCAGAACAGUGCGGAGCAACGCUUGUGUGAUGCCCAGGAGGGACGUAUACAGCGUAAAGACGCCGCCACUGAACCAAUUCAACAUUUCCAUGAAGAGAUCUUGAGCGAAGCACCGCCAAUUCCUCCCAAGGCGUUACCACAGGAGCAUGAGCAGUGCGAAAAAAAUAAACCAGAAAGCAACUUGUGUUCAAAUGGUAAUUCCAAUGUGAUAACACAACGUGGUACUUCGUCAGGGCCGGAAAAAUUGACACACGAUGUAGUACUGAGGGCUAACCAUAUUGUUCAGAUGUGGUUGACCGCAAAGGAUGAGUGGGAAAAGUUGCCCAUCAGUCCUUUACUGAAGGGCAAACCGUACAAAAUUAUCAAGAGGUUUCAGCACUUUCUGGCUGUCUACAAGGAACUCAAACAGCGUCACGCGGAUUGCCUGGCUUACCUUGACUCACCGUAUGGACACACAAUGCGAGGGGGCAUGGUGGUGCGCAUCUCGCUGUCUCUGGUUCAGGAUGGUGAGGACGUCUGUGACAGUGCGGCGAAGGCCUCGCCUGGUAUCGUAGGAUCGUACCGCAGCAAGUCAGAUACAGGCAGCCACAAGGGCAACAAUGAUGGCAAGGACAACGACGCCUCUGAUUCAGACAGUGAGGCGCUCUCACUCGCUAAAGCAACAGAGCUGCUGUGUGUGAGUCUGCGUGACAUUAGUGCGGCAUUAGGCUGCGAUGUUCUGCAUGUGUUUCGUGUUGGUGGUACCUGCCCUACGCUAUAUUGCUCUCUUGUGAAACCGUACACCAACAGUUCGUGCGAAAUCAGCCUUCUUGGCGAGUCGUGCCCCGUAGAGGUGCUGCAGACGACCAUCAUGGAGGCCCUCUGUGAGGCGCGAGAGGAGAGCCGACGCGAGUGGGGGGAGCUUUCUCUGGAGUGGACAGAGGCUAUCUCCAGCGUGCUGCGCCUCGGUGUCUUCGCGAAACACUUGCAAACGAUACGAGAACUCUUCUGGGAGCUUGCCCUUCUCCUGCGUCACCCGGGAGAAGUGCGGCACAGCGCCAAGUAUCAGCGUAGCGUCAGUCGGCGCUCCCCCAACAAAAAUGAUGAAUUCGAAGUUCGAAAUCAUGACGAAAAUGACACAUAUCAUGUGCAGGCGCCAUUGCCACUGAGCCAUUCUGCACCAGGAACAUUAAGGAGGACACCCGCUGACACGGAAUAUGAGGGCUUCGUGCCCUACCUACAGGAGCUGCAGGACAUGUACUACCUCUACUCCGAGCUCCUUGAACCUUUUGUUCUCCAGUCGUUGCACCAAGUAGACACCGUCUCCGCCGCCACGGACGCGGUGCGAUGUGAAGAGGUGGUGCGAUUCCUCAAGGCUAGCUACCGAGCACAGAUGACGGAGGAGAGGGAGGACGAGGAGGAGGAGACUAAUGACACUGUCACACCGUUGCGGUCGGUUGCAGCUGCGGCUGCGGAGGAGGAGCGAGCUGCCUUUGCCGCACUUGUGGAGGCGCGCAGGGCAGGUGUCAUUAUGCCUCUGCCGAAUGAGUGGUGGGAGAACGGCGUCGCCAAAGAGAAGAGCUAUCGUGCCUCGUAG